AUGGCAGGGGUUGGCAGGGACCUCUGUUCACGGAUUAAGACUUUCACAUCGCUGAGGUUCUUGACCGAGCCUUCGGAUGCUGUCACCAUGCGCGGAAGCAACGUGUUGUUGAACUGCGUAGCCGAAUCGGAUCAAGGAGCCCCAGUUAUUAAAUGGAAGAAAGACGCGGUCUUCUUAAACCUGGCGGUCGAUGAAAGGAGGCAGCAGUUGGCCAACGGCUCGCUCUUGAUACAAAACAUAGUCCACUCCAGGCACCACAAGCCGGAUGAAGGGCUCUACCAGUGCGAAGCAUCUCUAGAAGGUGUUGGAGCUAUCAUCAGUCGGACAGCCAAGGUCAUGGUAGCAGGACCGCUGAGGUUUCUUUCCCAGACCGAAUCUGUCACGGCGUUUGCAGGGGACACCGUUCUGCUGAAGUGCGAAGUCGUCGGGGAGCCCAUGCCCGUGGUGCACUGGCAGCGGAACCAGGAGGACCUGUUCCCGAGCCCGGGCGACACGCGGGUGGCCGUCCUGCCCUCCGGAGCUCUGCAGAUCAGCAGGGUUCAGCACGGGGACAGCGGGAUCUACCGGUGCCUGGCGAAAAACCCAGCCAGCUCCAGAACUGGAAAUGAUGCGGAACUCAGAAUUUUGGCAGAUCCAGGUCUGCACCGACAGCAGUUUUUCCUGCAGCGACCGUCAAACGUGGUGGCCAUGGAAGGGCAGGACGCUGUUCUGGAGUGCUGCGUUUCCGCGUACCCCCCUCCUACCUUCACGUGGCUGCGAGGAGACGAGGUGCUCCCCGUCAGGUCCAGAAAGUACUCGUUGCUGGCUGGCAGUAACCUCCUCAUAGCGAACGUGACGGACGAUGACUCUGGGACGUACACGUGUGUAGUCACCUACAGAAACGAGAACAGCAGUGGCUCGGCGGAGCUGUCGGUGAUGGUUCCACCGUGGUUUUUAAUUCGCCCUUCAAGCCUUUAUGCCUACGAGAGCAUGGAUAUUGAGUUUGAAUGCGCCGUGUCUGGCAAGCCCGUUCCUACAGUGGAGUGGAUCAAGAAUGGAGAAGUGGUCAUUCCCAGCGACUAUUUUCAGAUAGUGGGCGGCAGCAACUUACGGAUUCUGGGCUUGGUAAAGUCAGAUGAAGGUUUUUAUCAGUGCAUAGCUGAAAACGAAGCUGGAAACGCGCAGGCCAGCGCGCAGCUAAUCAUCCCAGAGCCUG